CACGUACACUAUCUCUAAGUUAUUGAAAAGUGUUAAAAUUUUCAGUGUUUCCCUGUAAAAAAUUCUUUAGUGUUGCGCAAUAUUAAACCUGGGGAAAAACCCUUUAGGAUUUUUUCAAUUGGAAAUCGGACGAGCCAGACCAGGACGGCGAUUGUAUGCGUUUGAUUGGCACGGAUGAUUAUGGGGGUUGGGGUGCAUGGAACGAUGUGGAUUGCACUUUACUACAUUUGCCUAUUUGUGAAACAAAUGCUGAUCACAUCACACCAGGACAAAACCCAGGCUUUACCACAGCAACACCUGCUGAUGAUACAUGCGGGGAUGGCUACUUACAUAACCCUUCAACACAUAAGUGCUACAAGAUAGUUACCGAUCAUUUAAGACAAUGGGCAGAUGCCAGGUUACAUUGCCAGUCAGAGGGAGGGGAUUUGGUCAGUAUUAACUCACCAGAAGAACAAGGUUUUAUUGAAUUUCACGUUGCUUACCUGAAUGUUUGGGCUGUAUGGACGGGCGGGUUGGAUUCUUACAACGGCCCCGAUUUCUUUCCGGACGUGAUUGAUGCGUUUGACGGGGGAUGGAGGUGGAGUGAUGGAACUCCUUUCAACUUUGUUAAUUGGGUGGCAGGCGAGCCAAACAAUGAGAGUGAUGAGGAUUGCAUGGAAAUAAGAUCGGAUACCGGCUUAUGGAAUGAUGUGCCUUGUGGUGGAUAUUAUGGAUAUAUUUGUGAACGACCUGAUCCUGCACAUCCCCCUGACGAGGAACCUGAAUGCACAUCAAGUGAUUGUUGUUACCGCCACCUAGGGGUAGAAGUGGGAGGUAGUAUACCUGAUGAUCAACUUAUUGUUUCGUCACAAAUGGACGCCGUGUCGGGGGCAGAUAGAGGACGACUCAACACUUUUGACCAAUAUGUUGAUGCAUUGGGACUAGGGGGACCAGGCAGAGGUUCCUGGAUAGCUUCAAAAGAUGAUAAAGCUCCAUGGUUCCAAGUGAACUUGGGUAGUUGGAUUGAAGUUCGAGGAAUUGUAACGCAGGGUCGCAAUGGUUUGAACCAGCCCCACAACCAAAACGACUGGGUCACCAAAUACAGUGUGAUGUACAUGACCAACCCUGUUAAAGGAGUAUUUGAAUAUUACAAGGAAACAGAUGGGACACGAACUAUAUAUAAAGCCAACUUUGACCAAGACACGCAAGUCACAAACAUAUUCACACGACCCAUAGUAACAACUGCUAUACGUAUAAUGGUUGAAGAAUGUAGACAUAACCAUUAUUGUGCAAUGAGGGUUGAACUACUGGGCUGUACACCUUCGUGUGCAAGUUCCCUUGGUGUAUCGAGUGAUGGUUUUGGUGAGUUUCCCCUUCUACCUGAUGAAAGCUUUACUGCAUCCUCUGAACAAGUUGGAUUCGAGUCUUACAAUGCUAGGUUGGAUUAUUCACAAGGGAAUACCCAGAUCAGUGAAGCAAGUCAUUAUAACUUGCCCAGCACUGACUUAACCUGGUCAUCAGCACAAACUUACUGUAUGAACAUGGGGGCAGACCUAUGUCGACGAGUGGAUGUAUGCCCUAAUGGGGUUCCUAUUAUUGGGGUACAACAGGGUGACCAAUGGGCUCCCAUAAGAGACAGCUACAACAACUGGGUUGAGUUAGGCAAUGACAAUAGUGAUUCACCAGGCCGUGUAUGCUGGGACCACAAUGAACAUUAUGGCCCACCAGACUGGGGAACCAUAACAGGGCCAUGUAUGCCCUGGGACACACCAGACGACCCUUGCCCACAUAAAGGAAACGUGUUUUGCUGCCCUGUGAACCUGAAAAGUUGGAAACCGACUUCAAACAGCAACCAAUGGAUCCAAGUGGAUUUGGGUGGUGUUAGAAAGGUAGCAGGCGUUUUACUGCAAGGCGAUCCAUAUACCAACGAAUGGGUGACUGAUUAUUACGUGGCUUUUAGCACGGAUGGUGUGCAGUUCGCUACUUACCUCACGCCUACAGGGGAUAAAGAGUUAUUCCCGGGACCUCCUGACUCUUCAACUAUAGUAGAAGGCUACUUACGUGAAGCACUAACAGCCCGUUAUAUACGAAUAUUACCCCAAACAUGGCACGGCAAUGUGGCGAUGAGGUUUGAUGUUAUUGGAUGUAAUGUUGGAGACAUAGCAUCGUGCACUGACACUGGAGCUUCGUAUGAAGAUGAUCAGUUUGUAUUGAAUUGUCCUGGUGGUUGUGACCAAGGGUCUCCUAAGGUGUGGGGAACUGGGAUCUAUACACAGAACUCAUAUAUAUGCGCUGCUGCUAUACACGAUGGGAGGAUUAUAGCUGACCAUGGUGGAACAGUCACAGUAAAGAAGGUUGGUCAACAAGGUUCAUAUACAGGUUCAUCACAUAAUGGGAUAACUUCAAAUAACUUUGGUUCGUUCCCCAACUCAUUCAUGUUCCAAGGGGAUCACCUUGGCUGCCCCUCUGGUUGGUUUGGUUGGAAAAACUGGUGUUACUACUUACCACGUAAAAACCAUUUGGUCGACUAUUCCGAGGCCACACAGAGAUGUCAAUCAUAUGGGGCGGAGCUUGUGAGUGUGUUGGAUCAAGGGGAGCAGGAUUUCAUUAUAAAUACAAUAUUCUUUGAUUGGGCGUCAGCAGAGGACGUUUGGAUUGGUUUAAACGACUUUGAAACUUCCAACUACUUUAAAUGGAGUGAUGGUAGCACUGUAACUUACACCAACUGGAACUUUAAUGAACCUGGUGGAGAUGGAUCUGGACAUUGCACAAAGAUGUAUAAGUUUAGUGGUUUCUGGAACAACAAGGAUUGUAGUAAGGAGUUAAACUACAUGUGUAAGAUGGACAAGCUACCUGUCAAUCAAGCGCAGCAAGCAGUAGAUGGUUGUCCUUCAGGGUGGCAGGGAAAUGAAGCUUCUUGCUAUUUGUUUGAUAUCACACCUUCUGUAUGGGUUAAUGCUGAAGAUUACUGUAGUGAUGUAGGCGGACACUUAGUGACAAUUAACAACUACUUUGAGCAAAUGUACGUAACAAGCCAAGCAGCUCAAACAUCCCAUCCAGACGAUGGGGAGAACUUUCUCAUUGGGUUGGCUGCAUAUUUAGACUCAAGUGGGGGAUUGACUUAUAAGUGGGCAUCUGGGGAACCUGUUACUUUCACUGCUUGGGAUAAAGAUGAGCCUGAUAUCAGACAUACAUGCAACAUACCAUUCCAAUACAAAGGUGUUGAAUAUUAUAAUUGUGUAACAGAGGGUGACAUCUACCAGAGGAUUGGGCCGUGGUGUUCCCCUGACCCCGUAUACACCAGUCACCCCGUACCUUGUGAAGGUAGAGAGGAUGGGAUGGUGGGAUGUAUCACACUGGAUAAGGAUACAGGAUUCUGGUCGCAAUCUAGACCUGUAGGGUGUGGUUCGCCCGGUUAUAGGAUAUGUGAAAUACCCCGUACUGGCUACACCACUCCAAUGGUUCCCACACCACCAAGUCCUAAUGGUAACUGUCCUGAUGGUUGGUAUGGCUGGAGCAAUGCCACUUUCUGCUACCAGAUAAACGAGAUGACGGAUCCAACGCAACAGUUAAACUGGGAGACAGCCAAGCUACAUUGUGAAUCACAAGGGGCAAACCUUGCCAGCAUACAUAGCGAGCAAGAGGAGACUAUUAUAACUACUGGUGUAACUGGUGCUGACCAAAGCUAUGCGUUCUGGAUUGGUUUAAAGAGACAAGAUGAUGGAAUGAUGGGAUGGUCAGAUAAAACUCCUUUAUCUUUUACUGAUUGGGGAAACGACGAGCCCAAUAACCACAAUGGACGCGAGGAAUGCACUGAAGCGUAUCUGUCACCUGACUCACAAUAUUGGAACGACCUUAAUUGUGAUGCUGCUAGAAACUGGAUUUGUAAAGUUGAAAGAGGCAAGGACUUACUACCAGCUUACACCCCACCAACUGGCACAUUAUCCCCUCAGAUAUGUGGUAGUGAUGUAGAUUGGGUUGCAUAUACAAGCUCAUACACACAACAACAGAAGUGUUACUACUUUGCCAACAACCCAGUGAAAAGUUGGAAAUCGGCAAAUGAUUAUUGCGCAACAUUGGGUGGAUCGCUAGUCACUAUACAGACUUUGGAUGAGCAAGAGUUUGUCACUGCAAGGGGCACCAAGACAGGCAUCAAUGCAUUAUGGAUAGGAAUGGUACAGGAUGGUAUGAAUGGUCCAUAUGUUUGGAUAGAUGGCACUCCACUUACAUUCGAAAACUGGAUUGGUGGCCAACCUAAUGAUAAUAAUGGAAAGGAGUUGUGUGUACUAAUGUAUACAUAUGCUGGUCUAUGGUCUGACGACAACUGUGGUUUACCUAAUGGCUUCAUCUGCCAGAAAAGAACAACUGCCACGCCAGGAAUGCCGGCUCCUACUCCAGUAGUACCAGGGGGGUGCCCUGCUGGCUGGACAACAUACGGAAGCAAGUGUUACUUAGAAGUUGGGUUAACCGACAACAGCCUGCGUAAGAAUUGGAACGACGCUGAAGCUUAUUGCAACAAUAACCACGCCUACCUUGCUUCUGUACCAAACGCUUAUUAUAAUUCGUUCCUGACUUCUCAACUGUUUGGUGCUACUAUUAAUAUCUGGAUAGGUUUCAAUGCACAGGGCACUUCAAGGACGUUUAAAUGGUCAGAUAAUGAAGAUGUGACUUAUACUAAUUGGGCGCCUAAUGAACCGAAUAAUAGUGGAGGGUUAGAAGAAUGUGGUGAGAUAAUAUGGUCAUCGGACAAGGCGGGUCAAUGGAACGACAUCCCGUGCACUGAAGUUCGACCUUUCUUCUGUAAUAUAUUUAGAAGCACAGAGUUUAGCCAAGACAACAACCCAGCAGCCCCAGACUGCCCACCAAACCAUAACUUUGUACAGUGGGACACUGGGUGUUAUAAAACAUACACAGAUAUGAAUGGUUACAAGUCAUGGAAUGAUGCUUCUAUGGCUUGUGCAAAUGAAGGAACCCAAAUGGGUAUCAAGAUGGAUUUAGCAAGUGUAUGGAAUGUAUAUGAAGAAAGUUUCAUUCAUUCAAUGUUUUGGCCACAAGAAGGAACAACUAACUUUGAUUCUAUGUGGAUUGGGUUGAAUUUCCAAUAUAAUUCAAGCACUGGAGCAACAUCCUACCAAUGGAGUGAUGGGUCCCCAGUAGUUUAUACAAAAUGGGGAACAAAUGAGCCACAGAACCCAACUAAUGGUCAAGGGUGUGCACAUAUGGACAACAAGGGCUUGUGGUAUAUGAACACUAACAUUGGAGAAUGCAGUUCAAUGAAACUUGCUUAUGUUUGUAAGCAUGAGACAUUGGUGAUCCCACCCCAGACACCUGGAAUUGGCGAAUGUGAAGCAACAUGGCUGCCACUUGGUGAUUAUUGCUACAGUAUUGAGUUUGGUGAUGCUUCAGUUAUGCAGCGCUCAUUCGGUGAUGCAGGUGCAGAAUGUCAAUCCAGGAUGGCUUAUCUAGCCAGUGUGCAUUCAGAUAUUGAGAACAAAGCAUUGUUAAGUUGGCUGAAUGAAAAGACUGCUUGGUUGGGACUUAAAAGGAACGGCUGGGGUGGUUGGGAUUGGGUCGAUGGCACUGCAGUAGAUUAUACAAACUGGGGGGAAAGUGAGCCAAACAACGCAGGGGAAACGGGAGAAGCUUGUGUGGAGAUGUAUAAUAAUGGGAAAUGGAAUGACAACUUUUGUUCAAACCUGAGAGGAUAUGUCUGCAAGAAACAUAAGAGUGAGUGGCUCUUGUUUUAUGUGUGUUGUAUUGGUUAAUUAAGUUGAACCGUA